AUGUCAUUGAAUACUAGUAGGAUUAAACUACUUUUAACCGAGGACUUGUCACCUCAUAAAAUUUCGUUAUUAAUUCUUAUUGUAUUGUAUUGUACCGAUUUGAUACAAGAAAAUAGAUUGCAAGCCGUCCUAACUACAAUAGUUCGAUUUUUAGAGAAUGAUUUAUUAUACAAUGAAAAGAAAGAGAUAGUGGUACUUCCCGAAUUACGUGACUUAUGUUUUAAUUUAAAGCACUCUAUUGUUUCUGAUCCUAACUAUGGAUCCGCUGAAAGUAAAUUAGCCGCCGAGGAGGAUGCCAAUGGAAUACAAGAAAUGUUGUUGCAAGCGUUGUGGAACAUAAACUCAGUUGAAAGCUUGGAUUCGAAUAUAAAAAGAGCAUUUUGCAUACUUCUGGGAUCAUCAGCCGUGACAGUUGAAGAGCCUGAAUCAAAUCAAGAUAUAAAGAAGCUUAUAUCGCCUAGAUCAUUGCUUGGUUCAUUCAUACAAAAGAUUGUAACAACAUUUAGAUUAUUGCAUUUUGACGAAGAAUUUCUUUUAUAUGAAGCAUUUGUUGAUUAUAGAGAGCCUUCCAGAACAUUAUAUAUAUCAUAUGGAGGUAACAUCCAGCAUUAUAAUGAUAAACUUGAAAACGUUGAUUCUAAUAGAAAACAAUUAGAGAAACAAACAUUUGCAUUGGAGAAGUCAAGACUCAAAGAGAGUACAAUAAACGAAAAUAAUAAAAAUGAUGAAAUUCUCUUUAAUACACUUAAAACUCAAUUAAAUGAAAGCUUAGGUAUAAGCUUACCAACUCCCUCACAGUCGUCUCAAAGCGUUAAUUUGAAACUAUUACCAGUCCCGAAGCAUGAUAUACAGGUUUUAUUAGAUAAACAGAUAAGUCUAUUGGAGGUAUAUGGUACCGAAACUCCUAAACUAUUACGUGAUGUGAUGAGAUUAAUGACGUCUCCUAAUUCUAAUACAUGUCUGAUCCAGAAUACCACAUUUAAUAAUUUGCCAUCGUAUUACUAUAUUAAUUACUUAGAGAGUUUGCAUGAACUUGAUUAUCAAGGUGCAUUCCAGUCGUUACAUCAAUAUUUCGAUUACAUGGUUUCCAAUAAUUCGAAAUAUUUCUAUCACUUUGCAUUGAUUUCCCGGGCAUCUUUACACCAGUUUUUUGGUGAAGAUGAAAAAGCAUUAGACGCAAUUCAGGAAGCUAUAUCUGUUGCACGAGAGAAUAAGGAUAAUUCAACUUUGACAUACAUUUUAUCAUGGCUAUUUAACUUUAUGAAGAAUAAACCUGAGUUAUGGAAUACCCAAACCUUCUAUCAUAAUAACAAUGAACAGCAUUUGUUGGACUUUUUAGUUAGCAAAACCCAAACAGUUUCACUUCUGUUAUAUGCCAUGAGUUAUCAUUUUGAAACGUUACAUGUAAUGAACAAUGGUGGGUCAUUGAACAAGUAUCUUGAAAGCUUGUUAAAGGCCACUUAUAUUUCUAUUAAUGACGAACUACCUUCAUUUAUAAAGUCUGCUGAAAUGACUGCAACUGUUUGGAGUAGAAUCGGUAAUCCGCAUUUAUGCAAUGUGUAUACAGAUAUUGCUCUUGACUAUGCCAAACAAACAGGUAACUUAACUGACAGUUUAUCAAUUGAAAUAAGAAAAUCAUUUUUAGACUAUUAUAAUGGUGACACAGAAAUAGCAUAUUCGAAGUUAGAAGCUUUGAAAAAUAAAACAGAGAAAGAUCAAUCACUUUAUAAAACAUUGCAAUUACGGACCUUAAUAAUGCUAGUAAAGAUAGCACUUAGAAAAGGACGAUUCAAAUUUGCACAAAAAAUUAUGGAAACUUUAUCUAAUAAUGAAAUCCAAGAAAUUGAACUCCAAGCUGAAAUAAUAUAUCUAAAUGCUGAAGUAGAAACUGCACUCGGUAAUUAUUCGAAAGCUUUGACUUAUAUUUCUGGUAAUUUAUCACGUAUCGAGUCCCAACAUUCUAAGACUCAAACUAAUUUGCAUACUAUAAUAAGGCUUAAUUUACUAAAAUGUCAUAUAUUCAAUAAGUCCGGAGCGCAUUCGAGAGCUAUAUCCCUAGUAAUUCAGCAAAUUCAACAAGGAAAACAAACAGGAUUCAAGACCUUAGUUGUUGAAGGUCUAAUCAUAUUAAUUUCGAUUUUAAAUAAUAUGGAAUGUUACGAAGAUGCUUUUCAAAUUUUAAGUUCUAUAAUGCCGGAAAUACUUAUGGUUGAGAACAAAGAAUAUACUUCUAUAGCAUAUUUUGAAUUUGCUAAAACAUGUUUUAAACUAAGUUCCCAAGACCAAUUAGCUUCACUUAAACUAAAGGUAAGCGAAAAGCAAUUACUCAAUAGAUUUUUGAAAUUUUUAAACACGAGUAUUAGCGGAUUCCGUCAAUCUUUGAAUUUAGAGAUGUUAAAGGAAUGCUUCAAAUUGGAAAAAGAUAUGGCUGAUAUGAAGCAAUUAGAUGAGCUCCAGGAACAUUCAACAAAAUCAUUAGAGAAAUUACAUAGAAGAGCAUUAGAAGAAGCUGAUUAUGGAUUUGUUUUAAACAGCAAUAAAAUAGAAAAUUAA